CCCGUCUCCUCCUCACGCCGGGUUAAACUGUCUGGGAAAUGAUUGCUCAACGCUCUGCCAUAAACGGACCCUGGUCACACUUUAAUUCCAGGUGGGUGGCUUCAGUCUCCACCUUCCCCCUUCCCAAAUUCAGCUGUUCCUGCAGGCCCAGGACAGCAGUGUCUCCGGGACACAGCGAGAGGCUUCAGGGCUCAGUUGGAGCCACCCCGAGUGACGGCCAGUGAGUGGAUGCCAGAGAGCCCUGGGGCCCAGCUCUGCAAAGCUGGUGGCCCCUGACAUGCCCCCGGCUGCCAGGCCGGGGAAGCAGGCGUGCUCGCUCCUGUGGGAAGAGCAGGCUCACCGCGUGGCCCUGGGCCCUGGGCCAGCUUCCGUGAAGCGGGCACCUCCUCAGGCCCCCAGGCCGGCUCCAUGGCGUUUCCUGAACUCCUGGACCGAGUGGGCGGCAUGGGCAGGUUCCAGGUUCUCCAGGCGACGGCCCUGGUGGUCCCCAUCAUGUGGCUCACCACACAGAACCUGGCAGAGAACUUCUCUGCCGCCGUGCCCAGCCACCGGUGCUGGGUGCCCCUCCUGGACAACAGCACCAGCCAGGUCGGCCUCCCUGGGGCCCUGAGUCCUGAGGCCCUCCUGACUGUCUCCGUCCCACCGGGCCCCAGCCAGCAGCCACACCAGUGUCUCCGCUUCCGCCAGCCACAGUGGCAGCUCCUGGACCCCAACGCCACGGCCGCCAACUGGAGCGAGGCCGCCACAGAGCCAUGUGUGGACGGCUGGGUCUAUGACCACAGCACCUUCACCUCCACCAUCGUGACCAAGUGGGACCUGGUGUGUGACUCUCAGUUUCUGAAGCCCGUGUCCCUGUCCAUCUACCUGGCUGGGAUCCUGGUAGGAGCUGCGGUGUGCGGCCCCGCCUCGGAUAGCUUCCUCAGCUCGGUGGGCACAGGGCGGGCUCCAGGUGGUCCAGAUCCUGGGGACCCAGCGGCGCGCCCUGGAUCCGCCGCCCCGGUGUGUGUGCCGCAGGUUCGGGCGCAGGACAGUGCUGACCUGGAACUACCUUCAGACGGCCGUGUUGGGCUCGGUGGCUGCCUUCGCCCCCACCUUCCCCCUGUACUGCCUGUUCCGCUUCCUGAUGGCCUGCGCCGUGGCCGGCAUCAUGAUGAACUCGGGCAGUCUCCUGAUAGAGUGGACGUCGACACAGGCCCGCCCCUUGAUGAUCACCUUGAACACCAUGGGCUUCAGCUGUGGCCAGAUGCUGAUGGCGGCGGUGGCCUACGGCGUGCGGGACUGGUGGCUGCUGCAGCUGGUGAUCUCCCUCCCCUUCGUUCUCUGCUUUGUGUACUCGUGCUGGCUGCCAGAAUCCGCACGGUGGCUCCUCAUCACAGGCAAGCUGGACUGGGGCCUGCGGGAGCUGCAGAAGGUGGCCGCCAUCAACGGCAGGAGGGCAGCCGGGGACGGCCUGACCUUGGAGGUCUUGCUCUCAGUCUUGCAGGAGGAGGUGAGCAGGGGCCAGGACCCCGCCCGACUGGGCACCCUGUUCCGCGCACCCGAACUGCGCCUCCGGACCUGGGUCUCCAUGCUGAUCUGGCCCUGGGCAGCAACAUCUUCCUGCUCCAGAUGAUCAUGGGGGCCGUGGACCUCCCGGUCAAGAUGGGCAUGCUGCUGCUGCUGAGCCGCCUGGGCCGCCGCACCUUGCAGGCCGGCUCCCUGCUGCUGUCCGGGCUCUGCGUCCUGGCCAACACGCUGGUGCCCCAUGAGUUUGGGGCCCUGCGCUCGGCCCUGGCCAUGCUGGGGCUGGGGGCGCUCGGGAGCAGCCUCACCUGCGCCAACAUCUUCCUCAGUGAGCUCUUCCCCACCGUGCUCAGGAUGACAGCAGUGGGCCUGGGCCAAGUGGCCGCCCGCGUGGGAGCCAUCCUGGGACCCCUGGUCCUGCUGCUGAGCGUCUACGGCCCCUCACUGCCGCUGCUGGUUCACGGCACUGUGCCUCUGCUGAGUGGCCUGGCUGCGCUCCUGCUGCCUGAAACCCAGAACUUGCCACUGCCCGACACCAUCCAAGACAUACAGAACCAGGCAGUAAAGAAAGUCAGACAAGGCCCACCGCGGGGCGUGGUCCUCAAAGCCACCCAGUUCUAACCUCCUGGGAAGACCGCCACAGGACCUUCCGAGGAGGCCUCUUAUGUCCUCUGGAGGUGGCAGAAGAGAACAAGGCCUCCAUUUCCAGAGCCCAGAGGACUGUCUCCCUCACUGUCCAGAGCCCCCUCCCACACAGAAGGGGCAAAGGACAUUUUGUUUGACAGGAGGCUGCUCCGAGCAUUCCGACUCCCCUUCUGGCUGCACAGUGGCCAGGGCCAGGGCCACCCUGAUGCUCGCCACCCACUUGUCCAUAUGCCCCAGGACUCAAGGGUGAACAUCACGUCCCCUGACUUAGGGCAAGCAAUGGAGUCUGAGCCCUUCGCAGCCUGGCCUGGCCCUCCCCUGCUUCACCACAUCCAGCCGCAGGCCAGGCCUUGUCCUCUGCCUACUGUCCCCUUCCCACCUCCACACCUGACAGAUCCUCUUUGCCUCCCAGGCCCAGGACAGGGCCCUCCUUCCUGGGGUGCAGCACCAGCUUAGGGCGCUAGUGACACCCUGGCUCACGGUACGUCCACAUGCCCAGCUCCUCCCGCCAACCAAGAGCUGAGCUCCCCGAUGCUCUGGUGUUCCCACUGCCUCGUGUCCCACCCAGAGCCGGGCCAGAGGGACAGCUGUGUGAGGGAUUAAAUAAAGAGUGAGGAAAGGAA